AUAAUUCGGACGAUAGGAACAAGUGUAAACAAACGAAACAGAGAGGCCCGUCUGAUGGCUCUGACGAUUGUUUUUCCAUCAGCGAAAUCUUGGGUAAGGCUUCGGCUGUUUUAUUCCCGGAUGUAAACAACUCAGAGCACAAGGACACUGUUGGUGAAGUAUUCUGUGGGGCGGAAAACAGUAACAGCAUGGCGGAAGGCAGCCGCGAACCCACCAACAAGGAUCUGCUGGAUUGUAUGAAGGCCAUGGGGGAUAAGCUUUGUACUAUGGAGAAAAAGCUGAACUCUUUAGACACUCUUGAAAAGAAGGUUUCUAGUUUUGAGAAGGAACUCAACAAGAUGUGGGUAGCUAUUGAGGACCGUAUAAAAUAUACAGACGCGAAGUUGGACGGCCUUGUAGACCGGAUCGAGACGCACGACGUGGAGGCGGCGCUGAUGACUGAGAGGGUCAGCAGGUUGGAAAAGCAGCGUGAUGAUCUACGGGAUGACGUGGCAUACUUAAAGUCUCAAUCUAUGAGAAACAAUUUAGUUUUUACUAACAUCCCAGAGGAUAAUACUUCCGGGAACGAACCAGCCGAUGUUACGGAAUCCAAACUACGACAGCACCUACAAGAGAAGCUCAAGCUGGCGAAGGAGACGGCUGAGUCCAUUCGCUUCGAGCGCAUCCACCGUUCUCCAGGACAUCCGGUGCAAGGGCGAAUUCGCAACGUCAUUGCUAAAUUCACGUUUUUUAAGGACAGGGAACUUGUACGUCGCGAGUGGAAGCAGUUGGCUGGCUCCGGUUGCCAAAUGUAUGAACAGUUUCCGCCGGAAGUGAUGGACAAACGACGACGUUUAGUGCCCAAGAUGAAGGACGCCAGGAAGGAGGGUAAGCGUGCGUGGAUCAUCUUUGACACCCUGUACGUGGACGGCAAGCCGGUGCGGACGUAGGGACACGACGGGGGUGAACUGUCAGUUCUCUCGUGGAACGUCCACGG